AUGUCUUACAACAGUCUCACUGCACAUUUUCUGCAGGUGAAGCAGUUCUUCUCCGACUCUGUCGUGCCAAAACUUUCACUUGAAGCUGUGAAGUCUCCAUCUCUAGUCCAAGAUUGUAUGGCUGAGGCAGUGAGGAGGAUUGAGGGGCUGGUUCCACUGAGUGCUGACAGCAUCACGUCCCAGGUGGGCCAGGCCUGCUCCAGGAACCUCGAGCCAGCCCGCACCAUCCCUCGACUCUACCGAAGAACAAACAGAGAAGUGCCUCAGCAGGCGUUGAGUUAUGUUGGGGAACAUCCUCCGACCCCUCGUGACGCUCAGAGGGGAGAUCCCUGCCAAUUUCGAGAAGCAGUGGAGCACUUGUAUUGUGGAGGCAGUCACAAAGAGGUACAGUACCAUGAGAUCACAUCAGAGGUGCUGACGUCUGUGAAACGGACGGAGGACAGUCUGUUGAAGCUACGGCGCAACAGGCAGUCCCUCCUCCCAGCAACGGGGAUGAGCGACGACAACAAGAUACGGCUCCAGAUUGCGCUCGAUAUCGAGGCCUAUUACUCUCAGGUGGAGAAUUUCGGCAGCGGAGUGGCACGGGAUUCAUCUCUGUCAUCAUCUCUGAACCAACUCCUGGAGACUGGAAAAGCUGCCAAGACUCUCGCAGUGACUGCCUCCUCCUCCUCCUCUCCCUCUUCCUGAACCCAACUCUCCAAUCAUGUCUCACACUAAUAUUUCCCACACUUCCUCUUGGAAGAUUCCUGGAACGAGAAACUGCUCCCAAAUCAAGGAACACAAUUUCAUUAUGUAUACAAUGAUCAUAGUGCGGCAUACAUAAUAAUAUUGCUGUAAUACUAGGGCAGGUGAGUUCAUGUGAGUUAUGGUUUAGAGUUCAGUAUUGGUGCUGUGGUUUGUAGCCGGAGGUGCUAAUGAUGAGAGGGGGCCCUCUUUGAGUGCCUUUAGGGCCUCUCCAAUUGAGGACACAAGUCGACACAACAGAAUCGACUCCUCCAGCGAGUGACUUGCGUCCAGUUCUCUGGAGCACCACUUUAGCUUUGCCACCAGCACCGACUGGGCCUCCAGGCCAGCCUCGUGCAGGGACAC